GUGGUGUAGCCGCCAUGUUUUAAUUCAGUCACGUGACUUCUUGGACUGAUCACGUGUUGUGUAAGCUAUCAUGUGACCUGUAUAUAAGCAGCCUUAUUCGCAAAAAGCGCUUGCUGCUAGGAUGAAAUUCUGAAAGGUGUUGGAAAAAAGGAUAUAGAUUCCAAGCGUUCACAAUACAGCGGGAAUUCUUCUGAUUUUACCUACAAUUCACCUAUACGUUGCCUAGCAGCGCGCACCUGUCUACGUCACAAAGAUGGCUGACGAUCCGAAAGCAAUGGAAGAGGGUGGAUUGAAAGACCGCGGAAUCACGCGUGAAGUCAGUUCGAGCGAUCUCGAAGAUCAUGCAAGCAGCAGACACAGAAUGGUCCUAGGAGUCCGCAUGCCGAAACGACCAAAGCGUCCAAGGAAACGACGAAGCAACAAAAGCGGCGAGAGACAGCCUCACAGCGACUUUAACGUCCAACCAGCUGUCCAGUCACCUACAGAGACGGUACAGAAUCUUCUAGGCGAGGUUGAUGAUGAACAGCAUCGUCCCCAUUCCACGUUUACCCAGAUGGAUAUACUGUUCCCCUUCGGUCAAGAUAAACAAUGGCGAGAAUACGCAAGAUGGGUGAAAUACGAGGAAGAUUUGGAAGAAGGCGGAGAGCGAUGGUCGAAGCCCCACGUAGCCUCCCUGUCCCUUCACUCCCUGUUUGAGCUCAGGUCCGCUAUUCUUAACGGAGCUGUUAUACUGGACCUCGAUGCCUACCAUAUAUCACAAAUCACAGACAUCGUAUUAGACAACUUUAUCGCCAACAAAAUGAUGGACGAGGACAUGAGAGAAGAGAUCAGAAAAGUGAUGACGUCAGCUCACGUGUUCGCCCAUCAAAAGCGAAAGCGCAGUCUUAUGCCCGGAAGUGAAAGCGAGAAGGCGCUGAAAAAGUCAAUGUCAAAAGGAUCCAAAAUGGCGACCAGUAAAAGCUUCUCAGAGCCUGAACAACUGAACAUGAACGGACACAUCAAAGAAAGUCCCUCAAUGGCAAAGUUGAACACAGACUUCAUGAGAAAGAUCACUCCUGGAUCACAGGCGUGCAAUGUCAUGGUAGGGGAAGUGCCAAACCUCAAAUACCAGCUAUCGGCGUUCGUCCGUCUGUCCGAGGCGCGAAUGAUUGGCGACAUAACGGAAGUUCCGAUUCCCACCCGGUUUGUGUUUAUCCAUCUUGGACCCAAAGACACGGAGGACAAGUGUAUUGAAAUCGGCCGGUCGAUGUCAACAUUGUUGGUCGAUGAGAUUUACAGGGAAGUUGCUUACAAAGCUCGAAACCGCACGGAGAUUCUGUUAGGCGUCGACGAGUUUUUGGACCAGGUAACAGUUCUACCCCCGGGCGAGUGGGAUCCAAAAAUCAGAAUAGAGCCCCCGGAUAACGUGCCGUCUCAGGAAGGAAGAAAGACACAGAAGAAGCAGGUGGCUGGGCCGCACGUGCUGGCCAGUAUCGAGACGAAGAAAGAGUCACAUGACGACCCAACGUUGGUUCGCACAGGCAGGUUGUUUGGCGGCCUAAUCGCGGAUAUCAAGCGAAAAAUCCCCUAUUAUGGUAGCGACUUCAAGGAUUGCCUGCACAUCCAGUGUGUCGCAUCAACGAUCUUCCUCUUCUUGGCAACGCUCACACCAAACGUAACCUUCGGUGGUCUGCUUGGACAGGCUACCCAACAAUACAUGGGCACCAUGGAGUGUAUCCUUGCAGCUGCCAUAGUCGGUAUUUUGUUCGCUCUGUUCUCCGGUCAACCUCUGAACAUUCUUGGUAGUACCGGUCCCAUGUUGGUGUUGGAGAUGAUAUUAUUCAACUUCUGCAACGACCUGGAAUUUGACUAUCUACCAUUGCGAGCUGUGAUCGGUCUGUGGACGACGUUCUUCAUUUUACUCGUGGUAGCGUUUGAUUUAAGCGCGUUAGUGCGGUAUAUCACCCGUUUCACAGAAGAAAGCUUCGCCUGCUUGAUUGCUAUCAUUUUCAUCUACGAAGCCUUCAAAAAACAGUUCCACAUUUUAGACCACUACGGCAUCGACAAAGAUCCAUUGACCUUCAAAAGCCAUCACUGCGUUUGCGGACCCAAGCCCAUGGGAAAUCUCACUGAUGUUAAUGUGACGGGCAUGCACGAGUUUAUGACCACAACAAUGGCUCAUAUGAUGAAACGCGACGUGGGCUACGAUGUUGUUGGAGCGGCGAACGUUACGGCAAACGGAACCGUUCUAGGCUUUGAUUGGUCUUCGCUUAAUGAGGCCGAAUGUGAACGAGAAAAUGGGACAAUGCAAGGAGCUGGAUGCGAAAACCAUACCUACCCAGACGUAUUCUUUCUAUCCUGCAUUCUUUUCCUGGGAACCUACACAAUUGCCAUGACCCUUAAAGAAUUCAAGACAGCUGCAUACUUCCCAACAUUUGUUCGGCAAAUCUUCAGCGACUUUGCGGUCCUCAUUUCCAUUGUGGUCAUGGUCGGCCUAGAUAUGCUUGUAGGUAUUGCAACGCCAAAGUUGGAGGUGCCAGAAAAGUUCCAGCCAACCAGGUACCAAGAUCGUGGGUGGAUCAUCAACCCGUUCAGCCCUAAGAAUCCCUGGUGGACCAUGAUAGCCGCAGCUGUCCCUGCACUUCUGGCCCUCGUGUUGAUUUUCAUGGAUCAGCAGAUCACGGCCGUUAUCGUGAACAGGAAGGAAAACAAACUGAAGAAAGGGAACGGAUACCAUCUUGACAUGUUGGUAGUGGCAGUGACAAUAGCUAUCACUUCUAUACUGGGGCUGCCCUGGUACGUGGCUGCUACAGUGUCCGCCCUUGCUCACAUCAUGUCACUCAAGAAGGAAUCAGAGACCGCAGCCCCUGGAGAGAAACCCAUAUUUUUGGGAUGCAGAGAACAGCGAGUGACAGCCCUCUUGGUUGGAAUUCUCAGUGGCUUGGCUGUGUUCCUGACUUCGAUUCUAAAGCUGAUUCCUAUGCCUGUUCUGUACGGCGUGUUCUUGUUCAUGGGUGUUGCUGCGUUAAAAGGAAUGCAGUUUAUUGACCGACUCGGCCUCCUGUUUAUGCCAGCAAAAUACCAGCCCGACCUUCCAUAUCUUCGUCACGUCCAGAUCAACCGUGUCCACCUCUUUACCGCUCUCCAGAUUAUCUGCCUGGCCGUUCUCUGGGUCGUUAAGAUGAUCAAGUCAAUGUCUAUCGCUUUCCCUGUCAUGGUUGUCGGUACAUGUUUCGUGAGAAAGGCGAUGAAUAAAAUCUUUACCCAGUACGAGUUGUCGUACCUUGACGACCUCAUGCCUGGUGAUGACAUAAUCAAAGAAGAAGACGAACAGGUCGCAGAAAAGCAACGGUUAAUGGAAAUCGACGACGACGAUAGAGACGAGCGAGAGAUCCUUAUGGACAUGAAAAUGAAGCACACAUCAGGCGACAAGUUUCAAGGAGACUAUCUUUCUGUUCCUGCCAACGACAGAGUGAACAUCACAGAGGAGAUGGGCAAAACUGGAAUCUGGAUGCAAGUCCGGAGAGAUUCCAUGCCGGUCAUUGAUGGUUACAACAACGCACCUACGCCCAAAUUGGUCAGCGUUCGUCGAAACAACUCGAAAGCAAAUUUUACACUCGGUGCAGACGACAUUCCGGAGGAAAAUGAAAAUAGGGAAAGCAAGAUUUGAAACCUACAACCAACAUUUAAACUGUGUUAUGAAACUUACAACCAACAGGGAAACUGUGUUAAUUCUACAAUGAUAUAUGAUUAUAUCUUGUAUGUGUUCAUUGUGUAAAGACUUACAUGUGUCCCUUUUCUAUGCAAGGCUGGUUCAACUGUUUAAUAAUUUCAAAUACAGCACGUUUCCACUUGCGAAUUAGGGCAUUUGAAAGGAGAAAGAACAAGAACAUCAAAGUCCAAAAUUUUGAUAGCAAAUAAAGGACUAAGUUAAAAUAGUUUACAUGUUAAAUCGCACUGCAUAUUUGUGUACAAAAUGCCGCUUUAUUGGCAUGGCCCUAACAGCAAGUUGAGGUUAUUUUUUAUAUUGUAAAUUACGGUUCAAAGUGCUUUUCGGAAUGCUCGAAAUGAAACAUUGUAUUACCACCAUCUGUCUGGUUUGUGGUUUCGGAGACAUUUGAUUGACAAUGUUUGUUUUACCAUAGUUUGCUUUGGAGAAUUCAGUCGGAACAGUCACGGAUGUAUUUAAAAAAGUAUAUAAUAGAUAUAUUGACUUAAACAGUGUAUUUCGAUGCUUAAAAAAGGUAAUAAGAAUAUGAAUUUGUUAUUAAACCAGGUGCAUAGUUUUACAAUUUUUAAUUUAAAUAAUAUAGGUUUUUUAUUCUUUAUAUUUUCUUAUUCGUAAAUAUGGGGGGUAUUGUUUAAGACGUCAACAUGUGAAUGGAUAUUAUUGUUCAUGAUCAUGCGAAAAAGUUAUUUGUAUUCAUGAACAAUCGAUUGGAUAAUUCGUGUUAUUGCAAUAUCGAAAAAUCUUUGUGUAUAUAUAGAUAUAUAGUGUAUGUAUUAAUCAGAAAAAACCUUAAGUGCUUUACCCAUAAGCAUUGAGACUAUAAAACAAAGUUGCCAUGUUUAAUUCAAGUGUUCAUCUAGAAAAAGGAAGAGUCAUGUUAUCGCUGUAUGCCAUGUACUUUCUUUAUAUAUCAUUUGUCAUUUUUCUAGUUUAUUUCAUAGUGAAAAUCGGCGGUUAUUAUUUUCAUUAUUGUUUGUCAUUUUCAAAGUUUAUCAGAAUGUUGCAAUUUUGUGAUAAUUAUAGCACAUUUAUUGCCAAGUUUUCAUAUUUUUCAUAUAUUUAGAUUAUCAACUCAAUGCAAAUUGCGUUUAAUUCUUUUACGCUUUUAAAUUAAUGAGUUACACGUAUAUCAAACAUAACAUAUCAAAGAAUAUAUUGUAUUUAUGAUGUAUUUUAACUAUGCAAGUGACGAUAUUUAUGUACAAAACGCCACCCAGUAGUAUACAGCCAAUAAAAUAGUGUGGUCAGAUUGGAAUAUCAGAGGCUGGUUGGUAAUUGCAUGCCAUGUCGGGCUAAUACAUUGCUAAUUAAUAGAUAUACAAGAAAUUAUUAUUAUCAAAAGAAAGAAUAAAAGUUACAAAAAACUA